GACUACUUUAGAUCUAUCUGUCAUAUGUAUCUACAAUAGAGUCUAUCCUAUACCAUAAUCAAUGCUGCUAGAUUUGAUGAUAUAAAAGAAAAACAUACAUAUAUAUAUAAUAAAUUGGACAAGCGUCGUUUAUGUCCUCCAAAGUAAAUUACCAUACACUUUCACCGUCCAAGUAUAAGCUGAAGUAUUUCAUGAAACCCAAAAUAAAUCAACUGGGAAAUGGCUGUACAAUAUUCCCACGUCAAUUACGAGUGUAUAGUUUAUUUUCAUUUAUUGCAUGGUUAUUUCUCAUUGGAACAUUCUUGUAUACAACACUGCAAUUAUGCUCUUUACUCUUAAAGCAAUCAAGCUUUAGCAGUAAUGCAUAUUCGAGUUAUUAUGGCAAAAACUGGAUACCAUCUAUUUAUACUGUAUCUCAAUUAUCGGAUGCAAUUAUUAACAUAUGGCCUGCAAAUAUUGCGAAUAAUAUUAUGCCAUCAUAUGGUUUAACUUUGGUCAGUUUCAGUAAUCAAACACCGUUUCCGUAUACUGAUCAGUUAAAAUCUGUUAUUGCAUUCGAUGAAAGAGAACAGUCUCGAGUAUUUUUAAGUAGUGUACAUCAAGGUUUAAUUACUAGAUUGAUAUGGGUAUAUCCAUCUUGGAAACAAAUAUCCGUUGACCAAUUUUAUAAAAAGGCACAAUAUCAUGUUGGUUUAGCAAACAUUAAUUUAUUAGAACACGAAACUGAUUUGUUUGUGACUGGUAUGCCGAUGAGUUUUACAACGUUUUGUUUGUGUACAGCAUUUGAAAGUCUGUGCAGCCUACCAUUACUGUCUCUACCUAAUUUACGGAUAUCAAGACAAUCAUGUUCAGUGAAUGGUAGUUUUAUCUAUGAAGAAGUGAUUGACCUGAUGGUUGAAUCAUUACUUUCAGAAGAGAAAACCAAAGCUACAACUAAAGAUUCUAUUUAUUUAUUUUCACGGACAAGUUUUAUCAACUCAGAUAAUAUAAUUUCAUCGUCAUCAUCAUCAUCAUCAUCCAAAAGAUUGACACCAUGGUUGGAUAAUCCAUUUCUAUUACACAUUGAUAUGAAUUAUUUCAUUGGCUCUGUUACUAGUCCUAAUGAUGUGGCUGUUUCAUCAACAAUAAAUGUCACUUCGCCUUCUCAAUUAGCUCCUGCAUUUAUUGAAUAUCUUCAUGCAAAUACACUCAGUGAAAGUAAUAACAAUAGUGAAAAUAAUAAUAAUAAUAGUAAUAAAGAAAACACACAAGGGACUCUGCGCGAUGAUGAUGAUAAUGAAUACUACAAUUCGGAUGGUGUUGAUUAUUUCUAUAGUAGUAGUCAUGUUGACCAAAUGUUAAACGCUUCUUCUCACCAUCAUCGAAGAGACCCAACUCUUAUUCAUCAGUACAUAACACUAGUCAAGAAUCUGUUCAACAAACUCUUUAAAUUCCGAUCAAUUGAAAAAAUCCAUCUACUUGAUAAAUUGAAUCAACUUAUUAGUGCAAUGCUGUUUCUGAUGAAUCCACAAAAUUCAAAUAUGCUGUCAAAUUGGUCGAAUGAAACAUUAAUAUUACAUACAGCGUGUUGUACACCAUCGUCUCUUGAACCACUUCUAUUCGAUACAGAUAUAAAAGUCGAUAUAUUUAAUCAAUGGAAAAAAAAUUUUCAUUUUGCAUUUUAUUAUGUAGAUAAUUAUUGUUCAUAUUCUACAGAAAUUAUUAAAAAACUCUUGAGCUUGUCUCUUGGUAAUUUUCAUUCUAAAGAAGAAAUAUUCAAUUUAUGGAAUUGGUUGUGUAGUUUAACAAAAGCUCAAUUAAAAUUUAUUGGACAAUUUUUACUAUGUACUUAUCAAAGUAACAGUAAUAUUCAUUCCCUUGGUCUAUGUGAACGUCAAAAAUCUACAAUCCUUUCAUUCAAUGGAAUACCUAUUACUCAGCGAAAUUCUUUAACUCUGCAUAGAUUAAAAAAUAUUUUCACUUAUUUACCACGUCCAAUCAUUGUAAAUGUAGUCAUGCAUCCGUAUUUGGGACGAGUUAUUCAUAAGAUGCACUUACCAUAUGAACUGUGCAAUAUGCUCAAUCAAACUUAUUCCAAAUAAACAAGUGCAAUUUAUUCAUUUCUCUUCUAAUCUCCAGAGAAAUGAUAAACAUAUUUCGUUGUUUCAAACAUUUUAUUUCUCCCAAAUUAUUAUUACUAUUUUUUCGUCUAACGAUUUUAUUUCCUUUUUAUAUAAUGGAGAUCAUUAUCCUUCAGCGAACUGCUGUUGUUGUUUUAUUUUUUCACAUUCAGCACUUUAAUUGGUCAGUCAUUUUCAUCAUAAUCAAGCAUACCUUGUCUGUGUGCUUGUGCAAAACUAAAAGCACCUGAAAAUUACUAGUUUAAGAUGAAAAAAAAAACAGAAGUUGUUUCCCUCCUUUACUUCUUUUUCAUAAUCAUUCCAUGAGCUUUGUACUUUUUCUUUACAUAAUGAUCACACCAACCCUCUCCACCCCUCCACCGCCAUCGUUAUCAUUCACUUUUCACAAUUUGUUCUCUCACCUAUGCUCUCUAUCUUGUACAUAAAUGUACGUUUCUUUUAUCUUACUAUCCUUAUCAUGUAUUUGUCUUUGAUUGGUUUCCAAGGGAAAAAAGAUACCAAAAAGGAGUACUACAUCAUACAUCUGAACUUUGCAACAUUGCAUCAAUGUGAACCCGCAUAAGAUGAAACUUUGGGACGCUGCAUCUGUCACCAAUCUGCUACUCUUUGAUAGAAUGCAACAAAAUGUGUUUUUGUAAAUUCUGUUGAUUCGGUAAACAGAUUGGCAGUCAUCUGUUCUAUGUCAAGCUUUCAAAUGUGUAGACGUGUAAAUAUACUUAGAAGUUGAUGAUAUGCUGAUG